UUAGCUACGGAAGCGAUCCGGAAUCAUUCGUGGCGAUAUGUAUUGACCCGUGGCUUUUCCGUCUGUUAUCGUAUCCAAACGUAGCAAUACUUGUAUAGCUGCGACAAUUUUUGAACAUGUUCAUAAUUCCACUACGGAUGAAACCACCGUAGUACUUCCUUAGAAAAACUUACUAAACCGUUUUAGAACGUAGAAGUCCGUUUUAACUACGUAUAAAUCCGUAGUUAUUCGUAUGUAUCAAUUUGUAUUCAUUCCGUAGUGCAUCCGUACUAACUCCGUAUCAUUAGAUUUUCCGGUGUCAACCGUGGAAAAUAUUCCGUAGUAGAACCUAGGAGUUGAUCUGUGAAUGUGUGACUGGGGCAUUAACGAUUAUUUGAUUUUCCGGUGUCAACCGUGGAAAAUAUUCCGUAGUAGAACCGUGGAGUUGAUCCAUGAGUGUGACUGGGGCAUUAACGAAUUUGUUUUUAGAUUCAUCGGGCAUGCAUGGUUCUGGUGGUCACUCUCACAGUCACUGCUGUCAUCGCUAUAGCUACUGAUGUAAAGGGGCUAAGUCAGACGAAUAUAACUGAGGAUUAUCGAAAUAUACACCCUAUUCUUGGCAUUGGAGUGACUUGUCUCUGCGUUACGAACGCCCUGAUUUCUGUAUUCCGCUGUCCACCAGACGACAAAUAUAGGGUGGUAUUCAAUGGGGUCCAUAGACUCUUUGGAUCCAGUUCACAUUAUCUCUCUAUUGUGACCAUCAUCGUGGGGACUCAGCUGGACAGGAGUAUGCUGCCGCCAGAGGCCGGGGCCGUGGUAUACACUCAUACAGCGGCUUUUGUUCUGUUUGAAGUCGUCCAUAACUGUUUGAGGUGCAGGCAGGAUUGCCAGGAUAAAGAAACGGCGUCCAUAUCGAAGACAAACGAUGACAGUGACAGCGCUAAGGUGCCCGUUGAGCAAGUUUUGUUCUACACGGUGAUUGCACUAUGUACCGUGUCAUCCACCCUGGUUGUUUUCUUCUUAAUCCAGACUUAAUAAGGGGAGAUGGCGAAUCACGCGGAGGUCUUCAUUUUGUCUAUUUGUAUGGCGAAGUUAAGGUCAGUCGCGACCUAUCUUCUGUUAUUUUUUUACCUCCACAAUUUAAUGAUUUGAAGAUGUGAAAUUAUCCACUACGUAAUUCCAAUAUUAUAUGUUAUGUUAUAUGAUAUUUUGUUUUAAAUUUUGAUGUAUAGUUUAAAUGAAAAUAUAUACUAUGACUUUAUCAAUAAAAAUACAAAAUAUUCAUUCCCCUAAAGUAGACUGGAAAUGUGUAUGUACCCUAGAUUUUGGACAUUAAUAGGUUUGAAUGCAAAUAAAGAGGAAAUAAUCUAUCAAGGAAAAUAAUCAUAAACUGAGGAUAUAGAGAUCAAUGUUGUCAAGAUAAACAUAGAAUUUCUUUUCUGCGCUUACUGCUUGGUAUAAAUUUAUUUGAAAUGGUACAUGUAUUUACCUUUGCAACCGGACACGGCGUAUAUGAGAGAGUAAACGCGGAUUUUGCUUGUCAGUAUUUAUUUAAUGGAUUGGUAUUGUAAACUAAGCCGAAGAAAGUUCACGGUUCUGCUAAAUUUACGGUCGAAUAUACAUACAUGUACACAUACGUAGAUAAACUUUAAAUCCGGCACUUUUAAGGUCACCAUCCUUUCUGGUUUGCUUUGGUGACGCUAAAUACACGAACGCUGCACAUAUUCCCUUUUUCGUAUGUACAAUGACACUGUGAACAAAUAUACUUUUACAGAGAACUAAUCCCUCUUUAUCCUUCAUGAGUGUACUGAUAUACAGAAUUAGCUGAAUUACAUAGUUUUGAUUUUUAAGCACAUUUCUGUCAAGCUUUGAAAAAUAAUAAAUUUUCAAUAUUUGAAUAUUGUUAAUACCCAUGUCCUACUUUGAGGCGACCGCGCAAUCAGUAUCAGCGAAAACAAAAAUUAAUUUUCUUUAGUUUACAGUUAUAUUAAAGAAACAAGAAGAUUAAGUUGAUGUUUGUGCACCAUUGACAAUUUAUAUGUAACUGUCAUAUGAUCUGUUGACCUUACAUGCUGCGUAAACAUUACAUGUAUUUGUAUUGUAUUAUAUACUUGUAAUGGGAGAGGGCGGUCUAAGUUUUUGAACUUUGGCCCAAUCCUAGUUGUAAUUAUGUACUUUGUUAUGUCUAAAUCAUAUAUAAUAAAACAAUGGAAAGCAGUACCGAUAUUUUUUUUUACCCAUUUUCAUAAUUACAAAUGUAGCUGCUACCACGUACUGUAAAUAUCAAUUGAACUCAAUAAAUAAGUUAUCGAUGUCAUCAGAAAAUCUAUGUGUCGUUUCAAAACUUUAUGCCAAAUAAAA